AAAUAAUUCAGCCAGAAAUACGGCGGACGUAUAUCACAAGAGAAUCUUAACUAAGAUUACGUAUUAUGUGAGAUAAUUAAGAAAUAAACUGCUUAUCAAGUGAAACUUGUGAAGAUUGUAUCUAAACUUCAUAUUAAAACAACUGAGCAAACUUGUCGCAGUUUAUUCAGGGAUGUGUUGAAACGCAUGCUACUUUCAUUCGCCAAUUCUACACAAUAUGGAUGAAAAUUUGAGCAGAGGAUACGUUCAGCUGGGCAAAGCUCGCGGUAUGAACGAAUUCAAGUUUACAAAUGGUUUCGCUCAUUUGUCACCUCCGGUCGACAAGUGCAACUUUGUGUAUCUUGCCCUGGUAUUGGCAGGUGCGGGAUUCUUAUUGCCGUACAACAGCUUUGUGAUCGCUGUCGAUUAUUUUCAAGCGCGAUAUCCUGGAACUACAAUCAUUUUUGACAUGUCAUUGGUUUAUAUAACGAUGGCCUUUUUCGCGGUGUUUGCAAACAACGUAUUGGUUGAAACUUUGUCUCUGAACACCAGGAUAACCUUUGGGUACCUAGUGUCCUUUGUGACAUUGAACUUUGUCGUUAUUUGUGAAAUCUGGUGGGAACUAUUCGGCGUUAAAGCAUCAUACACUAUCAACUUGGUUGCCGUUGCUGUCGUGUCUUUGGGUUGUACAGUUCAACAGUCGAGUUUCUACGGUUAUACUUCAAUGCUCCCAAGUCGGUAUACUCAAGCCGUCAUGGCUGGAGAAAGCGCUGCUGGUUUCUGGGUGUCAACUAACCGUAUAAUAACGAAAUCCUUGGUCAACGACGAACGUGGUAACACAUCAAUGUUCUUUGUCUUAUCCAUCCUGACAAUAGUGAUGUGCUUUGUGCUACAUCAGGUUGUGCGGCAGACGGAUUUCGUCCAGUUUUAUAUCACACUGUGCCAAGAAAGGUACAGAAUAACCUUAGAGCCCGCGGAGGACGUUGGUUUGAUGGAUCCUUUGGACCACGUCGGAGAUCCAUCGAAAGGUCAGUAUGGCGUUCUGAAACUCCAAACCAGCCCCCUGGCUACCGACUCUGCUGCCGCCGAAAAUGUCGAUGCUGCGAGUAACGGACAGUAUUCAGCCUUUUCAUUCAGCAACCCGGUCUACGAGCCCGGCGCACCAUCUGGAAAUCCUUCCAACAGUGCUGGUCCAACCUACAAGGUUGAAGAUAUCGUCGUUCGUGCUCGCGGAACCUGCGGAACCCGAAACAACAGGCCAUGGUCUGGAAUUAAGAGAGGUCUAUUGGCACGACUAGAAGUUGCAAAAUUAAUCUUUCCAUACAUGACAAGCAUAGGAGUUGCUUACUUUGUCACGCUCUGCCUCUACCCAGGAAUAGUUUCAGAAAUUAUAUCCUGCAAGUUUGAAUCGUGGAUGCCGGUGAUUUUGAUGGCCGCUUUCAACGCAGCAGAUCUUCUGGGCAAGGUCUUAGCCUCGAUCCCAUACGAGUGGACUCGUACACAGCUACUAUACUUUUCUGGAGCACGUGCGAUUCUCAUUCCCCUGUUCCUGUUGUGCGCUAUUCCAAGACGAGCGCCGAUUUUGUCGGGCGAAGGCUAUCCGUUAUUGUUCUCGCUACUCCUAGGCUUGACCAACGGAAUUGUUGGAAGUGUACCCAUGAUUCAAGCACCCAGCAAGGUACCCGAGGAACACAGAGAAUUGACGGGCAACAUCAUGACACUCUCUUACACGACGGGACUGACCGUUGGAUCUCUACUGGCAUACAUGCUUGAUGCUUGCCUGGGACCCCCGCUCCAAACGAAAGACAUAUGUCCAAAAGUCCGGAAGAUCAUAUCAGCUACAGUCAACUCUACAUCAUCAAUCCUCAUGCAAACAACUACAAUGGCGACAAUCACUACUGGCCUUCCAAUGGUAGAUAGACUGACGAGAAUUCCUGCAUUGAAAACUAUCACGACCGCAGUCACCGCUGCCAUAGCAACCACGGUAUUUUCCAACGACACAACAACGUUUUCCAACACCAGUACACUCAACGCUAUGACAACUGCACUACCAAAAUUUUUGGCUAAUGCAACCGCGGCGAGCAACGCAAUUUUACCACAUUAAAGUAACCUGCGGCAGCUAACAUACAUAUAUUGCCUCAUUUGACUCUCCGUUUUCAUACUAGAUUUCCACGACCCAGAAAUUUUUGAAUUAAUAGUAUAUUAUGUAACAAGAGAAUAAUUUCCUUUGAUUCCUAUUUUACAUAUAGGACGUUAUUUCCGACUCAACUCUGGUCACAUUAUUAACUUGAAAAGAAAGGAAGAGAAAAUUCAAACCACGUUUACAAGUAAUGCAUGGAUGUACGACGGCGGGAGUGAAGGUGUGGGAGCAGGGGGGGGGGGCGGGCUCCACCUCCUAAAAAAUAUAUGUUCUAAAUAUAAAAUAAAAUUUUAGAAAAUCUUAGAAAUACGCUGAAAAUAAUUGUGCGGCAUUUAGUGUAUAUUAGUAGCAUCAACAAUUGAAAUGAUAAUCAAUGCUAAUACGGAAAGAUGUAGUUCGAAAUGGAAAAGAGAGAGAGAAAACCACAAAAAUUGAGCAAGUCUUACAGUAGUCGCUAAUGAUGUACAACAUCUAACCUGCGUCGUGCUGAUCAAGUUAAGGUUAGCAGAACUAACAGUUGAUAGCCGUGUCUUCUUUCUCUUUAUUCGUCUCUCUCUCUCUCUCUCUCUCUACCUCUCUUUACUAUUUUUUUUUUUACUAUUUACCAUUUACUAUCUUUAUAUUGAUACGAAACUUCUGAUAUUUUACUCUAGUACCUAUGUUAUCCUAUUUUUAUUUUUAGGACACCUAUCCAUUGUAUUGUAUGGAGUUUGCAUGUGAGGUAGUUUUGUUUGCAAUAUUAUUUAUAUUUGAUAUGCUUCUCGAUAUGUAUAUGUGGGAACGAGAGUGAGCCGGCUUUUUUUGUUUAUAUUAUUAAUUUCUUAUUAUUUUCAUAUUUAUUUCUGAGAUACCUGCUUGCGCUCACCGUGUUUACUUUACUGUCUUACUAUUUCACUCUUAUAACUUUUAUCCUAUUUUUAUCUUUCAGACACCUGUCCACUGUUUAAUAUGAAAAGUAUGUGUAAGACAGUUCUGUAACAUUAUUAUUUUACAUUUUGGUGUGCGUCUCUAAACCUAUGUGUGGGAAAUGAGAAUGAGCUGGCUUUGCUCUAUGUUGUUUUAUACUAUUAUUUUUAUAUUUAUUUUGAGUUAUCUGAGUGCUGUAACUCCAUGUGUUUAUCUUAGUAUCUUAUUGUAUUGUUUUACACUAUUUUAAUUUUUUUUUUUUUAUUUAUGUUUCCUCUGUAUUUCUUAUGUUUCAUUUUUCGGUUCUGCUGUACAUAUAUACAUGGUUCUAGCCAUUUGGCAGAUGUCAGCUUUCGCUUAGUAAAUUUUCUUUGUCAGUCAGUUAUCAGUCAAUCUCUCUCUCUCUCUCUCUCUCUCUCUCUCUCUCUCUCUUUCUCUCUCUUUCUCUCUCUCUCUCGACUCUCUCUUUCUCUGUGAGUACAUUCUGUUAUCUUGUUUUUCGUUCCGCUGUUUUCUUGACAUAUCUCUGCUGUCUCUUGCCCACGGGCGUUCUUUUUUGCAGAACAUAGCACGCACAAAAUUGCUAUUCACCUCCAUAAAUAGAAUUCUUUCCUCGGUGAGCUGUUUUUGGGAAAAGUGAGGUGAAAAGCAUUUGGAAUCCUAACCCUACUUCUUCUACGGCAUCGUCAACAAUUGCUGUCUCUCUCUCUGAUACUGGGCUAUGCGCAUGCGUCAAAGCUUGGAUGCGAUUGGAGAUCGUGCCUGCUGUCUUGUUUCUGCUUCUCCAAUGAUUGCGUCGUGAUCUACCACUCACUGUUCGAUGAUUCUGCCUGAGCUGCUUGGUAAUUACUACUAAUAGUUAUCUGCUAUACUGACUGUUCCACGGCUCUACUGAGCCGCGCUGUCAACUCCUUCCGCGCUGUCGAACGUGCUAAAUUCAUACAAUAGAUCAGCGAUAUGAAUUCCAUCGAAACUCCGUCAGAGAUAUCGGCAUCUUGUAGCAAGACUCUUCUCAGAACAAUAUUCGAUUUACUUGACAAGAAUAACGCCAAGUUCAUGUCGGUAAUUACAGACUUGAGCAACUCAGUGAAAAUGUCGGCGAAUAAGCUAAUCGAGAUUGCGAAUUUAGUCAAUGUAAAUCAAAAAAAUAUUCAUCGUCUAGACCAAUGUUACGUCGAAAUUUCUCGUCAGAUAAAAGAACUUCGCUUGUCCGGACCGUUAGUGUCAAAAUCAACAGAAGCUGGCAUAACCCUAUCUGGUAUUCCCGUCUCAAUUGAUGAUACACCGAAUGAAAUAGUGGGAAAAAUUUUCUCUUCUCUAGGGAUACCCGAUCUAAUGGGAGAAAUUGUUGAGAUCCGUAAAGUUGCUCGUAAGCCAGCCUCUGUUGAUAAUGAAUCACAAAUUCAAUUGCCAAUAACUUCUAAUUCUCUCAUUGUUAUUCUUAAAUCGCCGAGGGUACGUGAUCGCAUCAGUGAGAUAAAGCGCGCCAAAUUAAACCUUGCGGUCGGCGAAGUGUUUGAAAAUGAAAAUGAGUAUGGAAAGAUUCUUGUAAACGAGUUGUUAUCAUCGACGAAGUAUAACUUACUACGUAAAGCGAAAGCUAAAUGUAACAUUGGUGGAUGCAAGUAUUUUGGUCUCGGUCUGGGCGUAUCUUUGCUCGCAAAGAUGAUGGAUAUGCGCGGAUCGAAAUUCUCACUGACGCUGAUAUCGAUAAACUUGUAUAAUUUAUUAUGUACACUGUUUUGACUUAUAUUUCUUUUUGACUACAGCUUUAUUUUUACUUCUCGUAUUACUCUUUAUUACUGAUCUGAGAAUUUAUCCGCCCAUCCACGUGAAUUGGUUGUUUUUGUUUUUUCUAUUCAUCUAAAAUUAAAUUCAAACUUGUAUAUUUGGUCGUUGUUGUUUCUACUCUUGCUUAUAUCAUCUAAAAGAGAGCAUUACUAUUUCACGACUAUGUAUCUAUAUAUUUUUCUUUACAAACUGUUUUACGAUUAUCUUUAAUUUACUUCAGCGUACUCUGCAUGUAUGACAUUACAAUAGUUAAGUCUUAGCGCUGCGUAUUUCAUUUUGCUAAUUCUUUUUAAUUAUGUUUCUCAUGCUUAUUCAUAUGUUAUUCUUACUGUGUGCACUAUUAAUGUACUUCAUUGUUUAUUUUACGUCUAGCCCCAAAGCUUUGCUAGGGCUUAAUUAAAUAAUCAAAAUCAAAUCUCUCUCUCUCUCUCUCUCUCUCUUUCUCUCUCUUUCUCCUUUCGCACCUAAUGAAAAUGUUUGUGUUCGCCGUGCUCGCUAACACGCUGCAGCACACACGCCACCUGUAGGCCACACCGAAGAAUCAUGUAGUAAAUUGAGUAAAUCGAAUAGCGCGCGCAUUUCCCUACUUCCUGUUACACAUUUCCGUCGCAUUCACGAAAUUAGUCCCACCCAAUGCCACAUACUGAGAGCUAAGAUGUUACGUCAAUUUGCGGAAAAUACGAGAUCAUAUUUCCGGCAAAUGCUUUAAGAGGGAAUAAUGUGCUACUUUCAUCCCGCUGCUCAGGUUAAAAAAGUUAACAUUAUGGUUGAGUCGGGAAUAAAGAUGUUGUUUUCGAACUAAGCGCAGCUCCAAUUCUUCUCGCAAGCUAAUAAUAUCGUGUUGCUUAGUUUCAUAAAUAUCUCCAGACAUUUCCAAAAAAUGCAUAGUUUUCGGGAUACAUGAAAUUGAAAAUUAAGUGGUGUCGAUUCAUAAUUUUACUAAAGUGUGUAACCGAAGGGAUGAUUUGUAGUUAUUGCAUAUACAGGGAAUUUUCACGCAUGCAUCGCGCAUUAUGUCCGAUUUUCUGUAAACGAAGACUGUACGUAAUAGAUGGAAAUCAAUGUGCACUAUUGAAGUAAUCAUUCGCUGAAGAUUUGAGAAUAUUGUGCCAACAUUUCUAUGCAUCCCAAUCGAAGCUAAGCUUAUCUACGUCUUCAGUAGCGCUACAAUAUUUUCAUAACACUGAAUGCGUGUUUUGAUAUCACUUAAUACAAAACGUUGAGAGUGCUGUUAAUGAUUGGCUUUUGCUGUCUACAUCACCGUUGGGGCAGUUGAGAAUUGUAUUUCCCGUGAUAACGAACUUGCUCAACCGGGUAACCAAGUAUGAAUAUAAAAUGCAAGAACUGGCAACCGAACAUACCAUGACGUAUAGUCGGAAGUACACUGUGUAUUAUCAUUUCUGUUGAAAUUGGAAAUUUUCGUUUUGUACCGUUUGGCUUACAAUUACAAUUAUUAUAUGAUUGGAUAUAUGUAUUCUUGCGAAAUCCAAAAACCGUGUGAUCCUCGAAAUGAAACUGACGUAGACCUGGCUUUUGAUUUCUUAAUUAUUAACUAUGAAAAUAUAUUUUAUGUGAACUGUGAAAUGGUGCAUUAAAUUUCUAUCACCGUAUAAUUAUUGUACUAUAGCAAUAUCCUCAGCGCGUUAAACAUUGUAUAAAUAUUAUGUAUCUAAUAACGGAAAUGUUUAAUGUCAAAUGCAGGGCUGAUUCUCGUGUAAUAAUGUUGAUAUAGCGCACGUAUAAAAAGUAAGAAUAAUAAUGAAAGUACGUGACGCUGAUAGGUAGGUACUCACAAUUUGUAUAUUUUAGAAACUAAUAAUUGAAAAGCAUCUUGUUUCGCCGAUAUUGUUGAAAAUACGACGCUUAUACGGAUAGUUGAAAAAUUUUACCAAUAUUAAUAAUCUGCUCAUUUAACUAUUAUAAUCAUCGUUUCUUUGGUUUCAUUUUUUUUUCACUCAAUUGAUUGCAUAACAGUUUCCUCGGACAUGCAUUUUGCAUACAUCAGGAAACUGUACCUUUCAUAAUAUUAACUGUCACAACCUGAGUUGUGUUUCGCAAAGUUAUUCGAAAAUGGACAACAAUAAAACACGGCACUAGGAAGCAUAAUCAAAAACUUUCACUAACUACAUAUCUGUAAUUUUUGCGAUGUGCAAAUCCUAAGAAUCGGCAAGACAGAUUUGAAAUAUCAGUAUUCUAUGUAUCAAAUCUCAAAUAGAUAUAAAUUUUCAUUCAUCAAAGGCCGCGCCACAUAUCAUGUGAUAAUGUAAAUAGGGUAGUCAUACUGAAGGAUUUAUCUUACAAUCGAAAAUUCACUGAGAUAUAGAGCUAUGAAAAAUUUGUACAAGCACAGGCUAGAAAUUAACAAAUUAGUCACUAUGGACGUUAGAUCAAAAUUCCGUUUUUUUCGUGCCAUACUGUGUGCAAAAAAUGUUACGAAUUGAUUUUGAAAAAUACAAAAGACCGAUGUAACGGUGUCCCUGAUUUACAAAUCAAUUCUUCAUAUGUUUUAAAGACACUGUUCCAAGAUCUUGGAAAAAUUCAAACCACGUUUGUAAUAUUAGCAGAACCAUGUUGAAAAAAUCGAUCAUUACGGAUACCAUGAUUAGUUGAUCUUGAGGUGCUAAUUAGGUGUCCUAUUCAAAAAUUAGGUGCUCGAUUCCGUUACCGAUAAAAAAGAAUUUUCACUUUAAGCUGCUGACACAAUGUCAUGCUGGCAGUGCAUAGUCUAAAAACGCGGAAUAUUGGCUAUGGAAAAAAUUGCUUUACGCAGGAAUUAGGUGCUCUUUAGGUGCCAUAUUCAAAAAUUAAGUGCUCAAAUUCAUUAUCUUAAAAAAUGUAUUGCCACUUCGAAAUAUCAUCAAAUAAUGGCAGUAAAAAAAAAUUGGUUGACUCAGGAAUUGGGUGUUCUUUAGGUGCUUAUUGCGUGGUUUAAGAGCUUUUAAAUAUCAGCGGUGACAAUUUUUGAUUUUCAAUCUUUAGUAAUUAACAAAAAAAGAACCUUUUUUUCGAUAACCAAUAUUCCGCGUUCUUAGACUAUGUGCUGCCAGCAUGACAUUGCGUCAGCAGCUCAGAGUGAAAUUUUUUUUUUAUGGGUAAUGGAAUCGAGUACCUAAUUUUUGAAGAGGGCACCUAAUUAGUACCUAAAGACCACCUAAUUACGGUAUGUGUAAUGAUCGAUUUUUCCAACAUGGUUCUGCUAACAUUACAGACGUAUGCUCAGAUACGUUAGUAACAAUUAACGUAUAACAACAAUUAAUAAUCCAGUAAUAAAAUUAUAAGAUGAGUAUUGGAAAAUGUUUUCAUGACGUCAGAGCCUGGUUGUCGGCGCCAUCUUAUCACCAGAUAACCUAAGUUUUUAAUUUUAAUGAAGGAAAAUCGUAAUUCUUGGGGUUUCAAAUCGCUCAUGACACAUAAAUUAAUGAAACUUAAUCAAUAAUAUACCAUUUCUAUAGCUUAAUUAAUUGUUUGGAAGUUGGUAAAGUUUGAUAUUGCCUUGUCUGUGGCUCCAAUGAUUUUAGUCUAUUCUUAUUAUUCCUCAUUAUUUCAAGUAAUAGGUCUUUAUUUUGGGGAUGGCGUGCGUCGAUAGUGGCGACCGCUGUUCAGAAGCUUCUACAACCUGCUACGAACUUUCAGACUGUUCUACAUGUUUGUAUUGGCUUCUACUCUUACGUGUUCGAUUGUCAUAUUUAUUUAAUAGACCUUCCCAGAUUUAUAUUGUGAGAAUAUUUUCUAUACGUGGAAAAUUACGUGCACAUCAGACUCCAAAAUAUAUAAGAAUUGUGUAUAGUAAUGAAAGUGAAAGUGUAAGAUGUUAUUAAACGAAAUAAAUUAUCACAAUUUCACGGUAA